CGCGCCCUCGGGCGGAUCCGGUGUCGGCUGCAGCUGUCAGUGCGGCGGGCGCGGAGCCGGCGGCCGGCGGGGCCGCCUAUUAAUAACGCGCUGCCCGGCCCGGGUCGCGCAGCCAUGGCCAGCUCGGAGCCCCGGCGCGGCGGCGACGGCGACGGCGACGGCGCCGCCCAGGCCGCGAGGGAAACAAGAGCACAGGCCACUUCUUUUCAAGAGGAGGGACACUCUGAAUGCCUGGAUGAUACUUUUCCUUUGGAGGGGAUCUUGAAUAUAGAGGACAUGCUCUUCCUGGGGGACACAGGUGACUUUGAUGACAUCCUGUAUCUGGAAGAGACUGGGCAGCCUGAGGAGACACUGUAUAUAGAGGAUAACAGGCAGCCAAAUGAGGCCGUGUGCGUGGAGGAGCCUGUGAAGCAGGAGGACACACUGUGUGUGGAGGAGCCUGUGAAGCCGGAGGACACACUGUGUGUGGAGGAGCCUGUGAAGCCGGAGGACACACUGUGUGUGGAGGAGCCUGUGAAGCAGGAGGACACACUGUGUGUGGAGGAGCCUGUGAAGCCGGAGGACACACUGUGUGUGGAGGAGCCUGUGAAGCUGGAGGAGACAAGCCCAGAGCAGAUGGCUUAUGGGGGAGAGACGGUCACAAACGAAGAGAAGCCUAACCCUGAGAGCCUUGGAGCCGGGUCUAGUCCCAGCACAGAGAGCCUGAGCAUAGAGGACCUAGAAUUGCUCGAGGGGCGUUUCCAGGAAUGUGUCCAAGCUGUGGCCCAGCUGGAAGAGGAGCGGGAUCAGCUCAUCCAUGAGCUUGUGUUGCUCCGGGAACCAGCUCUCCAGGAGGUGCAACAAGUCCAUCAGGACAUCCUGGAUGCCUACAAACUGCAUGCUCAAGCAGAGCUGGAGAGGGAUGGGCUCAGGGAGGAGAUCCACCUGGUCAAGCAGAAGCUGUUCAAGGUGACCAAGGAGUGUGUGGCCUACCAAUACCAGCUGGAGUGCCGCCAGCAGGAAGUGGCCCAGUUUGCCGAUUUCCGGGAAGUGCUGACCGCACGGGCAGCCCAGCUCUCAGAGGAACUGGCCCAGCUCCGGGAUGCCUAUCAGAAGCAGAAGGAGCAGUUACGGCAGCAAAUAGAAGCACCUCCAAGCCAGAGGGAAGGACACUUCCUGCAGGAGAGCCGGCAGCUCUCUGCCCAGUUUGAGAACCUCGUGGCAGAGAGCCGCCAGGGCCUGGAGGAGGAGUAUGAGCCUCAGCUGGUGCGGCUCCUAGAGAGGAAAGAAGCCGCUGCCAAAGCCCUGCAGAAAACCCAGGCAGAGAUCCAGCAGAUGAAGGAGGCUCUGCGGCCCCUGCAAGCAGAGGCCCAGCAGCUCCAUCUGCUAAACAGGAACCUGGAGAACCAGAUCACACUUGUGAGGCAAAAACGCGACGAGGAAGUGCAGCAGUACAGGGAACAGCUGGAGAAAAUGGAAGAACAACAGACACAAUUAAGAAAUGGAGUGCAACUCCAGGAACAGAAGAACAAAGAGAUGGAGCAGCUAAGGAUCAGCCUUACUGAAGAGCUUGCAACUUAUAAGGCUAUGCUACCCAAGAGCCCGGAACAGGCUAAUACUCCCACUUCUCAGGCAGGUGGAAUCGAGACACAGUCUCAAGGUGAUCCUUGUGGGUACAAGAGUGGAGUUUGCAUUUUACUUUCUUAACAAUACUAAUACCUUAAAAGAACUUAAGUGUGUGUCUAAUGACAAAUCAUGUAGGGAUAACACAUACCUCCAAAUUGCCUGGUUCAAGCAUUCAGGGUUCAUUUGGAAUGCUUGUUUCUGAUAGGACUAAAAAAAAUAUGCCCUAAUUAUCACCAGGAAUUCUGUAACAGGAUAAAAUAUCUAAGCUCUGCAUUCUCCCACCUUACCCCACCUGCUAUUCAUAAAUAGUUUCCUUAGAAUAGCAGAAGGUAGUUAUGCUACCUAAAUCCAAACUAUGACAAAGAGGCCACGGCAGCAAAAUUUAUCUGUAUAGAAAAGCUGAAGAGGGUGUUGUUUAUAAGCGAAGGAAAAGGAUUAUUGCUUAGUAUGUGAAACAAGCGACACACCUAUCCAUUAAUUUCUCUAUAUAACAGUAUGUUCUCAUUUUUCACAUUUUAGAUUCUCUUGGAUAAAGAGACUAAGAAUAAAAAAGGUCUGUCAAGUAUAUACUAGUUAGAUGCCCAUAAAUUUUAUUCUCAAUUUCCUAGUUCAUCUUACAGCUUGGAUACAAACUCACAAAUGACUACUGUAACUAAUGCUUUUCCUAACUCACUAGGACUUUCUUUUACUGUGUUUUUUUCCAGGCAUAACAGACUGCGCUUAUUGUUUGGGAGAUUACUAGAACCAUGUAAUUGAGGAAAAUGAUCUGCUAAACACCUUUGUGUGGAUCAGAUUAAAAGUACAAUAGGGAAAAAGCAACGAUUAAUUCAAAGAAACAAAACUACAGAAUUUCAGGCACUGUAAUACCUG